AUGUCACCACCUGGUAGAAUGGAGGCAAAGACAACCAGCAAAGGUAAAAGCCAGAGCUCCGGCAGCCAUCAGACGGCUGCAACACCACAAGAAGCAGCCCUCAAGUGCCCUAGAUGCGAUUCCUCGGACACCAAAUUUUGCUACUACAAUAAUUACAGUCUCACACAGCCGAGGUAUUAUUGUAAGACAUGCAGAAGGUACUGGACAAAAGGAGGAACCAUGCGCAACCUACCAGUGGGUGCAGGCCAUGUCCGUGGAGGCUGGUGGAAAAACAAGAAGAAUAAGUCUUCUUUGAGGGUUUCACAGCACUACUCCACUGGAUCAUCUAAUAGAGGUAAAUUGAACUUACCAGCCACUGCAAGUAUUUCACCCUUUGGACUUUAUCAAAUGCAUCUGGCACUACAAAAAUGUGUACUGACGGCAAUGGAAAAUCUGCAACAAUCCCUUGUUUUAAUCUUUACUCCUUCAGGAAAUUCUCCUUUGAUGGGUUUCAAUUUUCAUUUUCCUUCUGUGUUUAAACAUGGAGCGGGCACCCCAGGUUUAAGUCAUGGAGUUCAAAAAAGGGGCUCAUUCCUGAAUCCUCAUUGUGAUCUUGCGACCUCCUUUGAGUCAUUGAUUUCUAUCAAUCAAGACAUACAUUUGAAGUUACAGCAACAAAGAUUAAUCACUAUGGAAAUUUUCAACCAAGAUUACACCCACAGAGUUUUUGACAAAUUUUCUCAAGGGAAGAAAAUUUGGGGUUCAUCAGCAGCGGAAAGCAAUGUCUCGUCUACUAAUCUUGAACAUCAGAUUCAGAAACCAAAAUCCAUUUCGUUUCAAAACCUAUAUUCUCCAAAAUAG